GCAAGGCUCACAGGUCCUGAUGCAGUUGUGGAUGCAGGUGAUCUCGCGGUGGCAGCCGGGGGAGCGUGUCGCCGUGCCCGCCUUUAGUGAUUCUACGGGGACACAGAUCCGCUUUGAGCAUGGCUACGCAGGGCUGUGCCGUUGUGCGUGUGCCGAUUCCUGCACAGUUGUUUCAAGAAGCGAGUGUCUGCUCCUGACGGCUUUUCGACUGCUGAAAGAGGAGGAGGCAGUCCAGCCCGUCUCGAGUGCGCUGUCUAUGGCUCAGCGCAAUGACAUCAUGGCGGCAGCUCGCGUGGACUUGAGCCCGGUACAGUUUGAGCGGCUCGCGAUCUACGCCGACACUCUGUGUGUGCACAUACCUGGCGUACCUGGUGCCAGUCUGCCACCCCCCGUGGAAGCAGACCAGGGUCAGGGCAGCCAGGCGAAUCAGUUGGCUUCGCUGCUCUUGCAAGAACAUACUGGCUCGCUAUGGGGUGCUGCUCGGCUUGUAGCUUCUCACCUCAACUUCAAGGCCGAACGACGCCUGAGCACUAACUCUUUUCAGUGCGUGGUUCGGCUGGGAGCUUAUGGGCAUCACUCUUUCUGUGGUCUGACGCAUAUGACAGCUACGCACCGAUCCGUCUGUGCACUGCUCAAUGGCCUAGUUCGCAAGCUGCACCCUGAACAUCAAUGGACAAGCCUGGUUGUCUCUCUUAACAGUCAGGUUGGGCCGCAUGUUGAUGGGCAGAAUGCGCGUAUGCCUACACUUUUAGUAGGUCUGAGUCACUACGCUGGUGGACAGCUCUGGGUCCAGAAUGAGGGUGGCAAGGACUUUGAGGAGUUUGGCGAGCGCACCUUUUGCCGGGAGAUGUCUUUUCCACGAGCAUGUGCUGUUUGCUAUUUCCGGCCGCGACCACCCUACACGGUGUAA